GAGGAGGCAGCGCUCUGGGCAGCCCAAGGCCCGGCCCCUCCUAGAAGCGUCCUCACAGGCUUCUAUCUGCUUCUUCCUCAGAGCUACACCCCCACAGUGUUUGAGCGGUACAACGUCACUCUGCAGAUGAAGGGCAAACCUGUACACCUCCAAAUCUGGGACACGGCAGGUCAAGAUGACUAUGAUCGCCUGCGGCCCCUCUUCUACCCCGAUGCCAGUGUCCUUCUCCUCUGCUUCGAUGUCACCAGCCCACACAGCUUUGACAACGUCUUUAACCGGUGGUACCCGGAAGUGAAUCACUUCUGCAAGAAAGUGCCCAUCAUCGUCGUGGGCUGCAAGACUGAUCUGCGCAAAGACAAGUUGCUGGUGAAGAGGCUGCGGAAAAAUGGACAGGAGCCCGUGACCUACCACAGGGGCCAGGAGGUGGCGAGGUCCGUGGGCGCGGUGGCCUACCUCGAGUGCUCAGCUCGGCUGCAUGACAAUGUCCACGCCGUCUUCCAGGAGGCCGCCGAGGUGGCUCUCAGCAGCCCCAGUCGCAACCUCUGGCGGCGGAUCACCCAGAGCUUUUGCGUGGUGACCUGACCGGCUCAGGGUCCUCCCUGCCCUGGACCACCCCAGCAUCAUGGAAGGACGCUGGGCUGGACCCUGUGCCCAGGCUGUGACCGCCCAACUGCACCUCUGCAGGUGGGCAUCACCAAUGCUGGGCCUUGGGGCCUGGGAGCCCUGGACUGUGGAAUGGGGUUCCCAGGCCCACCAGCCCUGUGGGAGGGGUCUAGUCCCCAA